AUAAGCUCUCACAACCAUGUAAACAUCUUAUGAAAAUAUGCUGGAUAAAAGUCUACUAUAUGAAAAAAACGUAAAAUAAAAUGAGAUUUAGCGUCGUUACCCUUGUUUACUCCCCUGUUUACUCCCUGCUUAGAUCACAAAAUAAACAAUUGAUAAGCCCCGUCCGCCUUUUUAUCCAUGCCAAGGGUGUCUGCCCCCAUCUCUCCGCCAAAAUUAAUUCCUAAUAAGAAGGCGCCCAUCCUCCAACCAUUCCGGUCCUUCUUCGAAAUCCUUCAUCUUCACUUUAAACAAAAAGACUAUCGUUGUCGUCGUUGUCGUUCGCCUUCCUCGUUCCAAUUAUAUUUUAUUCCUUCUUGGAUAAUAACCGUCGUUCAUUCACACAACUUCAUCCAAUUACUUUAUAAUAUUCUUCGGAAAUCCGUAACUUCAUUCACUCUCAAAGUAAGUAAUAAAUCCCUCGCCUCAACUUUUCCUCUCUGAAUGCGCUUUUGCAACUCAAUGUUGCUAUGCGUCCAGAGCUCUUAGAGACAACAAUCUGACACGUUUUCUCUAUAUAGUUUUUAUAUACAAUCGUCUUCAGCAAUCCCAAUAUCUCGAACAUUCAAAUAAUCAAAAUGCAAUUCAGCACUCUCUUCUUCGCUGCCGCAGCAGCCACUCUCGCAAGUGCCGUUCAAUUGACCAACCCAUCUUUCGAAGUCACCGCUGGAUCCCCCUUCAACAUUACCUGGUCAGAUGCCCAAGGACCUGUCACGCUCGUUUUGAUGAAUGGCCCCUCCACUUCUCUCAACAGCGUCUCCACCAUUGGAAGUGGAUUGACCGGAACAUCUUUCACAUGGACACCGCCUGCUACGCUCGACUCCAGUCUCUAUGCUAUUAGAAUUGAAGACUCUACCUCCACACCAAAUUACAGUGAACAAUUCCAAGUUUCCGGCGCUACGGCUGCUGCUUCAACUGUCACCGCUUCUUCCACAAGUGUUUCCUCUUCAGAAACUGCAUCCUCCACUUCUGGAUCUUCAACAACCGUUUCUUCUACUUCUGAAUCAUCGUCAUCUUCUACCUCAUCUUCUGCUGCUGCUUCUUCUGCUGCUUCUUCUUCUGCUGCUGCUUCUUCUUCUUCUGCUGCUGCUUCUUCUUCUUCUUCUAUCACAAGCAGCAACAGUACCUCCACUGCUAGUAGAUCCAGCUCCAGCUCUAGUUCGACAACCAGUAUGUAUUCCACGAAAUGACUAUAAAAUCACAACUAACAAGCAAUUAGGAUCUCUAACCACCACCGCAUCUAGAACUUCUACUUCCACCACCGCCGGUAGCACCUCCAGUGCAACCUCGGCGCCAACUUCAGCAGCUGCUGAGUUCUCUUCCCCACUCGCAUUUGUGUUCCUCGCAUUUGCCGCCAUCGUCACCCUCAACUAAGAACUGUUCCUUGGUUCUAGAGAAAGGUCUUUCGCUUCAUACCCGAUAACUUUGAUUCAAUUGUUAAAGGUUUUUUUUGUACUUCCUAUAAUGUAUUUUACGCAUGACGAUGAUGGUCUGGCUGGAGGAUUAAUUUUUUGGUGAUGAAUGGUGAUGGGAAGGAGACAUGAAAAUGAAUGGUAUUGCAAUCAUGAACAUCCUUGAUUCUAUCUUAUAUCGAGAAUACAUCAUGUAUGACAUUGGCUCAAAAAGGCAAUAAGUUCUAGAGGCGUUUUCUUCUUCCUUCUACAAUUAUUGUUCAUUAAGUUUCAAGUAGAGAAGUGGAGUUGAAUUGAGUUGAUGAAGAGGUUAAAGCAAGUUAAAUUCGAGACGGAGGUUUUUGACGAGUAUGUUGAAUGAUACUCGAGUAGACUAAUGGAAUUGAUAUCAUACACCCAAAAUUCG